CCGGCAUAUUCAAAAUGUCUCGGUGCAUUCCUGAGUGUAUGGACUUGUUAAAUGUGAAUAACCCGGCUAGUAGAACAGAUGUACAUGGAGACUUUAAAAAACAUACUAUGGCACCAACAUGCACAGGAACAUCUGUUAUUGGGAUAAAAUUCAAGGAUGGAGUUGUGUUGGCUGCAGAUAUGUUAGUUUCAUAUGGGUCACUUGCACGUUAUAUGGAUUUUGAACGCAUGUUUAAAGUCAACAAAAACACUGUUAUGUGCUGCAGCGGUGAUGUGGCCGAUUUUCAGUUUCUGAAGCACCAUGUUGAGGAGCAGACUCAUCUUGAGGGUCUCUUAUCUGAUGGCUUUCAGCUAAGUCCUCAUGCUCUUCAUAGCUGGGUUACACGUAUUCUAUACAACCGUCGUAGCCGUUUAGAACCACUUUGGAAUACAUAUGUUGUGGGGGGCAUCGAGUCUGAUGGAACGCCGUUCUUAGGAUACUGUAACAUGAUUGGAGUCUCAUUUGCUGAAAAUUGUGUUGCAACCGGUUUUGGUGCAUAUCUUGCUAGCCCAAUCCUAAGGGAAUGUUUGGAGAUAAGAGCGAAAGGAGAUCCAAACAAUAUAACGCAGGAAGAUGCUAUCGCCACAAUAACAAGUGCUAUGAAACAACUGUACUUCCGAGACUGUCGUGCACUCGAUACCUAUCAAAUGGCUGUUGUAAGUAAAGAAGGUGCAGAAAUUCAUGGUCCAUUGCAGUUGAAAUGUGAUUGGUCUAUUGCUGAAUAUGUUCAUGGCUAUGACUAAUAGAUUGUUUUAACUUUAAUUCAUCUUUCUUAUGGGAAAUAAAAUUUUUGAUUCACUA